GAUAAUAGGAUCAAUCAAGCUCUAACGCAGUCUGGGGGUAAAAUGAUCAGUCUCAAGUGACACAGAGUUCAGUUCAGUUUCAGUUCGCAGUGAUCGCCGUCGUGCCGUUGGGGAGAGAGAGAGAGAGCGAAUGCUGAUAUUCAAAUCGGAGUCCACAGACCGACCUUUGGUCUUCGCAGUUAGCUAUCGGUGCGAGUCCUUUUUAAUGUCUUCUCAGGUCACCGACUGUGACCCCCUCCGUUCCGGAUACAACCGUGCUUCUGCGGUGAACCCGGCAUCCAGGCAAGGGUGGACACACACACCAGGUUCCCGCCGACCGUACCUUCUCACCCUGUGCGUCUAUGGCUGGUCCCGAGACCAGACCACCAAAACUUUCACCAACUUGUGGGGGCACACCGCUUUAUCCAGGGCCUUUAUUAUGCUGUUGGUCUUCUCUGUUUCUGUGUAUUUAUCACCUAAUGGAAUACAGCCGCUGACUUGCCUUUCUUUGUGAAUGUAUAACCAUGUGAGGCCAAGCAGAGAUUCUCUCAGAAGGAGCUUAAAGCUGCUCACCCUUCCCACCGCCGAUCCUUCAAUGAGGACUGGUGUGUGUUCUCUCGACCUGUCCUCCGCGGAGUUCACAAUCACAUCUUGCUGUCUUUGUGUACAAGAUUAUUGCGGCGGCAACUCUCAACUCGUCUACCUAUCCCGGAGGGAAGUAAUUUUGAGGAAAAUCCCACGUGAUCUGGUGGAGGAAGACACCAGAGUAUCGCGGGCCGAACGGCCUUCUGCUUCUUCAGUGUUAUUGGUUGGUUCACUCUCCGCUCUCUCGCUCUGCGCUCCGAUCAGCUCCGGCUUUUCAGGUAACGGGCUCCCGGGAUCCGUCAUGGAGACCAGGAAAUGAGACUCACUCUCCGAAUGUAACAGAGACAGGCGCCGCUCUCUCGGGAUCGCGUGGACGACGCUCACUUUACUCUCUCUUUUACUCUUCAUGUCUGUGGGUGAUAGAAACUCACUUUGAGAUCAUUGUCGGAUUCAACACAGCAGCAGAUAUUUGUAGAACAACACACAAGGUUUGAUUCAGAUCUGAGCAGAGUCCAGAUUCUCUGAUCCAAUCAGCGCUGCCGCCUGUGACGUCAGCAUCCAAUUAUCUGACGCGCAAACCCGGAAGUGCGGCUCAGUCUCCGAGUGUAACAGAGAUCGGCGCUGCUCUCUGUCGGGAUGUCGGGACUGCCCUUCGCAGCGCUCCUUCUGUGUCUCUGCAUAACAGCCGGUCAGUCCCAGCAGUUUACUAUUACCGUUGAGCACAGCCAGAUAAAUGUCCCCGUUGGGGGUGAUGCGCUUUUUUCAGUGCGGCCGUCGUCCAAGGUCAGAAGUGGAGACUGGUCUGUUAAUGGGAUUUUAGCCGUCUGGUGGAUCGAUCAGACCGUGUCUGUUGACAAUGUUUACAAACCGCGGGCAGAGUUAUUCACCUCCAAUGGGUCGCUUCUGCUGAAAUCGGUGAACGUGCGGGACAGCGGGGAAUACCGUGUGAAUAUGGUUCCAGUCAGUGGCUCCCAAACCUCAGCGACCAUCACUCUGCGUGUUAUUGGUGAGUCCCAGCAGUUUACUAUUACCGUUGAGCACAGCCAGAUAAAUGUCCCCGUUGGGGGUGAUGCGCUUUUUUCAGUACGGCCGUCGUCCAUGGUCAGCAGGGGAGACUGGUCUGUUAAUGGGAUUUUAGCCGUCUGGUGGAUCGAUCAGACCGUGUCUGUUGACAAUGUUUACAAAACGCGGGCAGAGUUAUUCACCUCCAAUGGGUCGCUUCUGCUGAAAUCGGUGAAAGUGCGGGACAGCGGGGAAUACCGUGUGAAUAUGAUUCCAGUCAGUGGCUCCCAAAGCUCAGCGACCAUCACUCUGCGUGUUAUUGACGGACCGGAUCGUCCACAUAUCAUCACUGAACCGGACUCUACUCUUCACGUUGCCGGAAGCAGCGUAUCGUUAACAUGUUUCACACUGUCGCACCCAGACGCUGAACUGAAUUGGCAACUGAACGGUGCCCAUCUCCAAAGUGGGCAGCUUCUCAUCCUCGACAACAUCUCUGUGAGCCAGACGGGAAGGUAUACUUGUGAGGCUUAUAACAUGCUUACAAUGAAGAAAAAUUCCUCAACCAGGGAAAUUGAUGUUUACGAGCCGGUGACCGGUGUUACUGUGGUGGCCAAUGAUUCCACUCCCCUGGAAAAUCUUGAUACCAUCGCACUGAGUUGUGACGCGUCGGGCCCUGUUCAGGCCCGGGCAUGGUUCAAGGAUAACCAACCCAUCCAGGAAAACAACAGAAUAUUUACAUCAUCCGGGAAGGCGAAACUGAUUAUAAUCAGUGUUUACAGAAACGACGCAGGGACGUACAAGUGCAUCGCCAGCAACUCUUUCAGCAGUGGCUCUGGAGAGACCUACGUGCAAGUUUACUAUGGACCAGAGAUGAUCAGAAUUGUACCGGAGCGUCCAGUUGUGUCCAAUACUGUGUCAAACCUGACAUUAACUUGCUUUGCUCUGUCAGUCCCCUGGGGCAUAUAUGUAUGGUACAACGGGAACAAUCUCCUGCAGACAGGGCAGGAACUCCGUCUUUUGUCAGCCAGAAUGGUUGACGUUGGGAGUUAUACAUGUCGGGUUACUAACCGCGUAACCAACAGGAACAGUAACCUUACUGUCCAUGUCACCGCAGAAGCACCAAAAACAGAUGACAAUAUCACCCUCACCGCCGGCGCGAUCGUGGGCAUUGUACUUGGUUUACUUGGCAUGGGCCUGAUCGGGGGAGUCACUGGAUGGUUCAUCGCAAGGAAAACGAGCGGGAUCAAAGAUCCACCACAAUCCAAAUCCGGAAGGAAGAGCACCUUGGAUACAAAUACCGUGAACACACCGCAAAACUAUGAGAAUUUCCCCAGGAAUGAACAGGGCGCAAGUCACAAUGCACAAGACGAAAACUCCACUUACAUGGAACUUAAUCUGGGCGAUCGAUCUGUUUACAGUGAUCUGAAGAGGUGACGUCACUGGUGAAUGGAAGAGGAUGGUCGGGACGUGGACGGACACAUCAGAAAGACAACCAUCCAGGAUGUUUACUGAAAACCUCUCUGACUAUUUCUUUGCCAUUCUUAAUUCAUAUCUCCGUUAGAUUUCUUCUGCGCGCUCACAGCUUGACGCCGGAGACAUCACUGAAGAUUUUGACUGAUUUGCAUCAUAGAAGCUGAGUUCUCUCACCUCAAGCCAGACUCCUACAUCCGAUACUUGGCACCGUCACACUGCCACAGGCAGCUGCCCUCUCGACAUUUUGGUGCGAUAUACUCUCUAUAAACUCUUCAUCCACAUCAUGGACAGGUGUUUUUUGAAGUUUCCUGCUACCAAACAAUAGAUUUCGCUCACUGAAUACCGCGUCAGCUUCCGAGUAUUCCCGUCCCACCUUCACGAAGUGUCACGGAGGCAGGAGCUCAUUCGGGCUGAGUGGUGGCGAUACGAGCACGGGCAGGAGAAGUGAUUUCCCAAUGAUUUGAAGAUACAUACUCAGCGUUAGCGCUUGGUAAAUGACUAGCAAAUCAACAUUGUUUAUUUGUUCUUCAUUUUCGAUCAAGGAGUAAUGUAAAGAAUGAUAAGGCAUUGCUGUGAGCAAAGAAUUAUCAAAUCCUGGCCUGGACCAUGAACGUGAAAAGAGCAUUGAUAUCGCGAUGACAUAAGAACAUAAGAAAUAGGAGAAGGAGUUAUCCAUCCGGCCCACUGAGCCUGCCCCGCCAUUCAAUCACAUCAAGACCUUUUGCCAUCCCUGAUUCGGAGUACUAGGAGUUGCUGUGUGUUUCAUUUCUGGAUGUCUAGGAGUACACGGCUGUUAUUGUCACAGCGGUGUAUAUUCCUCCGCAGGCUGAUACUGACCUGACUCUCGAGGAACUGUACGAGGCCAUCAGCACCCUGGAGGCUGCGCUCCCGGAGGCUGCCUUCAUCGUCGCCGGAGACUUUAAUAGACCGUCACUGCACAAAGUCUCUCCGAAGCUUUGUCAACACAUCCAGGUGAGCUCACGGAGAAAUAGCGCACUCGACACUGCUACUCUCCUUUCCGCCACGCUUACAAAGCGCUCCUUCGCCGCCCAUUUGGAAAAUUGGAUCACUCCUCCAGCUUGAUGCGGCCAAAGCAUAGGCGGAAGCUGAAACUGAAGGCGGCCAUAGACAUUACCGUCCACUGUUGGUCCGACCAAAUCGCCCUCCAUGUUUCACGCCCAGGUCAUCUGUAGAUGUGAACUUCCCAUGAUUCAGCACAUUUCCAAAGACGGAUGUGUAAAACGGGUCCGAAGGAUCAUUGGGGACCCGAGUCACCCCAACCACAAACUGUUCCAGCUGCUACCAUCCGGGAAACGGUACCGCAGCAUAAAAGCCAGGCCCAACAGGCUCCGGGACGGUUUCUUCCACCAGGCCAUCAGACCGCUUAAUUCAUACCGAUGCAGCUUUAUUCCGUUAUAAUGACUAUCUUGUUAUACAUACUAUUUAGUAUAAAUUACUAUAAAUUACACAUUGCAAUUUAGAAGGAGACAUAACGUGAGAUAUUCUACUCCUCAUGUAUCUGAGGGAUAUAAGUAAUAAACUCAA